UAUCGAUAUCCGCAUUGUAUAUUAUUUUGUUUAUUUCUACAAGUUUUUUGCAAAAUGUGGAAAUACGGGCAAAACCAAGGCAACCAAGGCGGCGGUGGCUACCCGUUCCCGCAGCAGAUGCAACAGCAGCAGCAGCAGAUGAUGCAGCAGCAGCAAAUGGGCAUGAUGGGCGGCCCGGGCGGCAUGCAGAUGAAUCCGCAGGUUCCCCAAGGAGGACCCGGCAAUCUGAUGCCCGGGAUGUCGCCGCAGCACCAAAUGCAACAGCAGCAGAUGAUGCAGCAGCAGCAACAGAUGAUAAUGCCGCAGCAGGGAGUUGGAGGCGUGGGAAUGGGCGUGGGCAUGGGAGGAGGAGGAGGGGUGAUGCCCCAGCAGCAGCAGCAACCGCAACAGCAAAACCUUCCCCAGCAACAGCAGAACAUUCCCCAACAGCAACUCAAUCCCGUGGGCGGCGGAAUCCCACCUGGCGGAGGCGGCGGCGGCGCAGGCACCAACAACAUGCUCGCCAUCUCCCAGCAGAAUCCCCACAAGGAGAUCAACAUCGUGCAGCUGUCCCGCUUGGGCCAGGAAACCGUCCAGGACAUCGCCUCGCGCUUCCAGGAGGUCUUCGCCUCGCUCAAGAACAUCCAGCCCACCUCGCACCGGGACAACAACACCGAGAAGAAGGUGCAGGAGUACUUCCGCACCAUCCGGCUGCUCUUCAAGCGGGUGCGCAUCAUCUACGAGAAGUGCAACGACGCGGGCAUGGACUACAUGAGCGCCGAGAGCCUGAUUCCCUACAGGGAUGAGCCGGAGCCGCGGAUCGAGCCCUCGCAGUGCGACGAGUACCGCAAGGUCCUGCAGGAGAACCACGAACUCAUCGAGACCGUCAAGUUGAAGAACAGGCAGCUUAGGGAGAUUAUCGACAGGACUCGCAUCAUCAUCUGGGAGAUCAACACCAUGCUGGCCAUGCGGCGGUCUUAGGCUUAUAGGUUCUACUUAGAUAUGGUGUUAAGAAUUAAAUAAAAAUACAAAACAUUGCCAGCAAGGAAUCGAAAGGGUUUUAAUUGGGCUUUGCUAUGGAAUUUUUG